UAUAUGUGCAUCGGUAACGGUUUCUCAACUCGGUGUAUCUACUACUAGCUGAAGCUUGGCAGAGAGUGCUUCUACAAACAAGCAUAUUGUAAUAUAAAUCUGUGUGUGCCGUUAAACUUAUUCAAAUAAUCCUUUCGAAUGGAUGACGUGGAAUAUUUGCGAAUAAUGUGUGUGCGCAUAUACGGCUGUCCGAGAUGGCAUUAAACAGUGGCAACCCGACUACGUGAUAUUUCCCUCAAAUUUAAAACAAAUCUAGAGUGCACGAAAAUGAGCAAGUGAACUAAAACAAAGGCGAAUGUUCAUAUUACAAAUAAAAACAAAGGAUUUGCAAAAAGUAAUGCAGUCUUCGCGCAUUAUAAUACAAACAUAUAUAUGCAUCCGUGCAUCUAACAAACAUAGAGCCCUUUAAUACACAAAAAUUAUUACCAUCUGUAUAAAUUCCAUUGAGACCGACAAAGUCCUGUGGUGGUAGCGCUGUGUGAAACAUUGCCGCCUGCAGUGAGCGCUGGCAUUUACUUUUAAUGUUCAUUGUUGACACUCAAAUGACGAGUAGUCCGUCUGCAUCAGCUAAGAUUUCCUAAAUAAAUACGACCAAUUUGCAUUUAAAGCUUAAAAGUCGAAAUUAACAUUAGCACCAACAGCAGCAACAAGAACAAGAGUUCUAAUUUAACCCUAGGAAUAGCUACGCGUCUCGCAAAAAAAUGUUCACGCUUCAACCAACGCCUGCAGCCAUUGGAUCAGUGCCUUGGUCCACAGGAGCACUGAUCGAACGACUCCCAACCUUGGAAGACAUGAACCAUAAGGACAAUGUUCUUGCUAUGAGAAAUCUGCCCUGUUUGGGCGUGGCUAGUGGCAACGGACUGGGCGGUAUUGGCGGAAAGGCUGCUGCAACAGCUGCGAUGGAAGCUGCGGAUGCAACUACAGCAUCACAGCCCCCACACUCAACAUCCUCGUACUUUACCACCACGUACUACCACUUAACAGAUGAUGAAUGUCACAGUGGAGUAAAUCAAUUGGGUGGGGUCUUUGUUGGAGGAAGGCCAUUACCCGACUCGACUCGCCAGAAAAUCGUGGAGCUCGCCCACUCCGGAGCUCGCCCAUGUGAUAUUUCUCGAAUCCUGCAAGUUUCCAACGGAUGUGUUAGCAAAAUUUUAGGCAGAUAUUACGAAACAGGAAGUAUUCGACCACGUGCGAUCGGAGGCUCCAAGCCACGAGUAGCCACCGCAGAGGUCGUUAGCAAAAUUUCACAAUACAAACGGGAAUGUCCCAGCAUAUUUGCAUGGGAAAUCCGAGAUAGAUUAUUACAGGAAAAUGUAUGCACAAAUGAUAAUAUUCCCAGUGUGUCGUCGAUAAACAGAGUUUUGAGGAACUUAGCAGCACAAAAAGAACAGCAAAGUGGUGGACAAAGUAGCUCCAACACUAGCACAAAUCUAAAUCCUAAUCCAAGCACAAGUCAAGGAAGCAGCACUGGGAAUGGGAAUAAGAAUGCCAGCAGUAAUGGCACUAGCAUGAGUGGGGCAAGUGGUGUUGGCGUUGGUACAAACACUAGCACAAAUGAUUUGAUACAGACAGCAACACCGUUGAACUCUUCAGAAAGUGGAGGUGCUAGCAACUCGGGAGAGGGCAGUGAGCAGGAGUCCAUUUAUGAGAAGAUACGCUUGUUGAACACUCAACAUGUCCCAGCGCUCGAUCCGGCCUUAUCGACACCAGCUGCGCCUCCGGUUAGUCACGAACAGCUGAUGACGAGUGUGCCCAGUCAUUUUAGUCCGCACCCCCACGCAAGCCACUCGAUACCGAUCCAUGUCCAUGGCCAGCACCAGCCGCAACAUAACCAGCCCCAGCACCAGCAGCAGAGUUGGUCCUCGCGACAUUACCCAACUGGGUCCUGGUAUGCGGCUCCCUUGAAUGGCAGCGAAAUGGCUUCAUCUGCAGGAGUGAUAUCGGUAACGGGAUAUGGCCAAGGAGGCGCGUCAGCUGCUCCAAGUCUGCUUCCGGGACAUCCUUUGACCCCGCCAAAUGAUCUCAUCAACAUUGGUGGCCCCACCGUUCGUCUGGACAAUUGUUCCAUUGCAUCAGUCGACGAAGUAAUGCUAAAAAAGGAACUCGAUGGGCACCAAUCAGACGAAACAGGCUCCGGAGAGGGAGACAACUCGAAUGGAGGCGCCUCCAAUAUAGGUGCGAGCGAAGAUGACCAGGCCAGAUUAAUUUUGAAAAGAAAACUGCAGAGAAACCGAACAUCGUUUACAAAUGAUCAGAUUGAUAGUCUUGAAAAAGAAUUCGAAAGAACACAUUAUCCUGACGUAUUUGCACGGGAACGGUUGGCUGGCAAAAUAGGACUGCCUGAAGCAAGGAUUCAAGUAUGGUUUUCGAAUCGACGUGCUAAAUGGCGUCGUGAGGAAAAGCUGCGGAGUCAGAGGCGAACGCCAAACUCAACCGGCACAAAUGGAACUUCAUCCUCGACUUCGGCUACCACCUCGUUGACUGACAGUCCCAAUAGCUUGGGUGGCUGCUCAUCCCUAUUGGUCGGAUCGGCGGGCAGUGGGCUGAACAGCUUGUCCUCGCCCAAUCCAAUAUCCACGCCCACUGGUGGUCUUGAGACAUCCGAGGCACACCACCCAGUUGGUAGCGGAGGAGGGGGAGGAGUAGGAAACGCACAGAUUCGAAGUGGAGCGCAUGACGUUAGCAAUGAAUGUACGCCGGGUCUUGGGAUUACGGACCAUCGGCAUCAGCAUCAUCAACAUCAUCAUCACGUUCCUCACACUCUCGUCCCCUCGAUUUCUCCGCGGUUAAACUUUAACAGUGGCUUUAGUAGCUCAAUGAGCGCCAUGUACUCGAAUAUGCAUCACAAUGCGUUAUCUAUGAGUGAGGGUUAUGGUGCGGUUUCGUCGAUGCCAAGCUUUAGUCACCCAACAGUUGGCUCGCCAAUCGCACAACAAAGAGAUCUAACCCCGCCCUCAAUGUACUCGUGCCACAUGCCACUACGGCCGCCGCACCUGGGUCCGCAUCAGCUGGUCUGUGUUGGAGGCGCCACAAAUGAGAGCACCAGUGUCAGCAGCAGUCCCACAGUGAACAUGACCAAUGCAGCUAGUAACAAUUCGACUGGAUACGAGUCUAUACCUGCCUAUGGUUUGCCGCCCCCGCCACCAGCUCCUACUUCGGGAUUAGGAACCCCGACCGUUGCCAAUGCUGCUAUUGCCGCUGCCCAUCAUCAAAACAUGGAAGCUCGUCCAUCAACGUGUAGUCCAAGUCAAAUGGGCCAUGGCUCGGCAUUUGGGAGCGAGAGUCUUUCACCGGCUAUGCCUUCAUAUGCACACAUGAGCUACAACUAUGCCAACAGUGUGGCGUCCUCAGGUGGCGCGAAUCCGGCGGGCGCUCUCAACUCACUCAACUCACAUGGAUCGGGAAAACAACAGUUUUUCGCGUCCUGCUUUUACUCGCCUUGGGCUUAGGUGCCUUAGGCUUCCAGUGCAUAUUAUUAAUAAAAUAAAAAUCCCUAUCUAAAACAGCUUUCAUGCCACCAAACAAACUAUUGUUUAUGCCAUAUCUUUCAUAUCAAGGUAUCAAUCCGGACACCCACAAAAUUGAAUUAACAUAUCUUUCAAUGGACACUUUAUAUAUGAUUUAAGCAUGAAGGUUGUAAAAAUGCAUGUAUGUAUUUCCGCCCAAGGAUGCCACCAAUCAUUACGAUAAUUGGUGUGAUUAGAAAAUAUAAU